AUGUCUCUCACGAUGCCGCCGGUGCCCCACAAGGAUGACCUCGAAUCUACGUGGUCUUUUCUUGAAGCGGGGAUCGAGAGCGUGAUGCUCAACCUGGACGCAGGUAUCGAUAUGAAAACUUACAUGGGUCUCUACACGGCUGUCCAUAACUUCUGCACUUCACAAAAGGCUGUCUCCAGUGGCCAAGGCUUGCAAGCCCAACGUGGGGCCCAUUUGUUGGGCGAGGAACUCUACAAGCUACUAGGCGAAUACCUUUCACGUCAUCUCGCCGAGGUGUAUAAGCAAUCACAGAGCCACACCGAGGAAGGCCUGCUUGGCUUCUACAUCCGCGAGUGGUACCGCUAUACGACCGCCGCCAAAUAUGUCAACCAUCUUUUCCGUUACCUCAACCGUCACUGGGUCAAGCGCGAGAUCGACGAGGGCAAGAAGAACGUGUUCGAUGUGUACACUCUGCACCUGGUCAAGUGGAAGGAGGACUUCUUUGAGAAUGUCCAUGAGAAGGUCAUGGAUGCUGUUCUGAAUCUGAUCGAGAAGCAGCGAAACGGAGAGACCAUUGAACAGUCUCAGAUCAAGUCUAUUGUCGACUCAUUUGUAUCCCUCGGCCUGGAUGAGAAUGACAGCUCCAAGUCAACACUCGAUGUCUACCGCACAUAUUUCCAGAAGCCUUUCAUCGCCGCUACCAAGACCUACUACGAGAACGAGUCACGGCAGUUCGUCGCAGAGAACAGCGUGGUGGAGUACAUGAAGAAGGCCGAGGCUCGUCUUGACGAAGAGAAGUCUCGGGUUGGUCUGUAUCUGCAUCCCGAUGUCACCAAGAGCCUUACCGAUACCUGCCUGGAUGUGCUUGUCACCGCCCACUCGACCCUGCUGCGCGAUGAAUUCCAAAUUUUGCUCGACAACGAACGCCAAGAGGAUUUGGCUCGCAUGUAUCGACUGCUUUCCCGUAUCAAGGAGGGCCUGGACCCUCUGCGUGCCACCUUUGAGAACCAUGUCAGACGGGCCGGCCUCGCUGCUGUUGAGAGGGUGGCCUCAGAUGGAGAUAACUUUGAACCCAAAUUGUACGUUGAUGCUUUGUUGCAGGUCCACACGCGCUACCAGAACCUGGUUGAUGAUGCUUUCGCUGGUGAAUCCGAGUUUGUGCGCUCUCUGGACAACGCUUGCCGUGAAUUUGUCAACCGAAACCACAUCUGCAAGGUCAGCUCUUCCAAGUCACCCGAGCUGCUCUCGAAAUACACAGAUUCGCUACUCAAGAAGGGUUCCAAAUCCGCGGAGGAGUCCGAACUUGAGGAGAUGCUCUUGCAGGUCAUGACUGUCUUCAAGUACAUUGAAGACAAGGAUGUCUUCCAGAAGUUCUACACGAAGUCCUUGGCCAAGCGUCUGGUCCACACUAGCUCAGUCUCUGAUGAUGCAGAAACCAGCAUGAUCAGCAAGCUGAAGGAGGCGUGCGGUUAUGAAUACACCAAUAAACUGCAACGCAUGUUCCAGGACAUCCAGAUCUCCAAGGAUCUCAAUAACAACUACAAGGACUGGCAGGACAAGGUAUUGGACGAUGAUGAUCGCAAGAGACUAGCCGAUGCCCAGUUCCAGAUCCUAGGAAAUGGUUUCUGGCCUCUUAACGCGCCGACAACUCCAUUCCUUGCACCGCCCGAGAUCGUCAAGACUGCAGAGCGGUUCCAGAAGUUCUACUUUGAUAAGCACAGUGGCCGCAGGCUGAGCUGGCUGUGGCAGCUAUGCAAGGGCGAAAUCAAGGCCAACUACAUCAAGAACGCCAAGGUGCCCUACACCUUCCAGGUUUCGACCUAUCAAAUGGGUAUUCUGUUGCUCUUUAACGAGACUGAUACUCUUUCCUACACCGAUAUUGAAAAGGCCACCACCCUGGCCCCCGAAAUCCUCGACCCUAACCUCAGCAUCUUGUUGAAGGCCAAGGUCCUCAUUGCUAGCCCAGAGGGUGCCAAGCCCGAGCCCUCUACCACGUUCACUUUGAACUACAACUUCAAGAACAAGAAAAUCAAGGUCAACCUUAACAUUCAGAUCAAGUCUGAGCAGAAGGUAGAAACUGAGGAUACACACAAGACUAUAGAAGAGGACCGGAAGCUCCUGCUUCAGUCCGCUAUCGUUCGUAUCAUGAAAUCGCGGAAGAAGAUGAAGCACGUCCAGCUGGUACAGGAAGUCAUCCAACAAGUCAAGUCUCGCUUCCCACCCAAGAUCCCCGAUAUCAAGAAGAACAUCGAGGCCCUCAUGGAAAAAGAUUAUAUCGAGCGCAUGGACGGCGACGAAAUCUCCUACAUUGCUUAA